AUGCGCCGUGUCAAGUGGCUGGAGACAGAAGCAAGGAGCCAGGGCCCCAGCACAGUCCAGUUAAGAGAAAGCCAUGCUGGGCAGGCCACCCUGCUCCCUGCCCCACUGACUACAGUGUGCCCCCAGGUGAAGACCAAGCCCUGCCAUGGGGGCUGGAGAGCCCCUGGCCUGCUGCUGCUGCUGCUGCUGUCACUGGCCACUGUGGGGGCCGUGGCUGGGGGGCUUCUUGGCUUUGCUUCCAGCCCUCCCAAGCCACUGCUGCAGAUGCUCCGUCUGACUCUCCCAAGCCCCAGGGUGCCCCGGUCCAACCAAACCGCCCAGGUGGACGUGGCCCGGAACGUGGCGACCAUCAGGGUGACCCCAGCUGAGAGCAAUGGCAGUUGGGCAGUGCUGUUCGACGGGCAGAGCGGCCGUGUCUGUUACCGCCCCUGGGAGCACCCGGCCUGCUUCCUCCACCUGAUGGAGGCCCGAGACCGACAGACCCUGCAGCUGCUGGUGAAUACCUCUGAGGCCCAAGGGUCUCGCAGCCCCAGCCAGGACACCCACUACGCCCAGGAGCUGCUGGCGGUGCUUGGGAGCCACGAAGUGGACCCCACCCAAGUGGGGGCUUCGGUGCAGCACCUUUGCGCGAAGACCCCCAUUUACUGGGCCCGCCGAGCAGAGGGGCCCCCGAAGCAGCGGCUGAUCUACCUGUGCAUCGACAUCUGCUUCCCAAGCAACGUCUGCGUGUCAGUCUGCUUUUAUUACCUCCCAGACUGAGUCCCUAGCCCGGCGC